CAUUUUCAAAAUGUGUAUACUUGAAUCCGUCUAUUAAAAAACAUGUAUAAGGGCUGACUGUAUGAAGAUGUAGGUGUAAAAAUGGUAACCUGAGAGGAUGAAACAGCUUUCAGAAUCCUGUAUACAGAGAAAGGCAGGAUAUACAUUAAAAUAAAAUAGUUUGUUUGCGAAGGGAGAUCUGCCAGACUGCCAAGAUAAAUACCUUUCCUUUUGACAGUGUUGAUACAGCAGGAAGGGUUACCACUACUGUACUUCCUUCCCGUUCAUGCCUAGGUUCUGUUGCUUAACUUAUCUGGUUGCUGAACCAUGGAUGAGUUUACUUAUGCCACACAUGAGGUCACUGAGAAGACAUGUGGGACUCAAGAAGUUAUGGAGUAGGAGAUACAGGCUGGACAAGAAGUCACCCAGUUCCUUAUUGAUUAGUUGAGUUAUGCUCCUUGUGGCAAAAUGAAACACAUCUGCUGCUGUUGACUACUAACACAUUUUCUGCUAGUGCUCGAUGCUUAUCUAAUCUGAAUGAAACAGAAGGCCUUUUCCAAUAUAAUGCUGAACCACAAAGUGAAAUGGCUAAUGCUCCUUCAAAUUUAUGUAUGAAUUUCUUGGCAAGAUUUCAGCCCAUCAUAUUAAUGCCAGGCCUUUCAGCCUUAGAGAAACACAGAAAGAAUGGAAGGUUUUUACAGCAUUUCAGAUAUGCAACUCAUUUCAUUUCAGGAAAGGAGAACAAAGCCACUGUAGAAAGUCUGUCUGAGUUAUCUGUGGAUAUCAAGAAGAUCCGUAGGCUGAAGCCAUGGGUGCUCUCAAAAGAGCUGACAUAUGUCAAAGAAACGGCUAAGAUUUUACAAAAAAUGGGAGCUGAUGAGAGUUCUGUAGCAUAUAUUUUUGAAUGCUGUCCUGAGGGGAUCCUUUGCAGUCCUACAGAUGUGAGCUGUCAAAGAGACCUGUGGUUGUCUGUCUGUCAAAAUGAAAAACGAUUAGUUGAAUUAAUAAAACGGUUCCCAGACUCUUUUUUUACAGUUGGACACUAUGAAAACCAGAAAGCCAAUGUUGAAUUCUUUAAAGACCUGGGACUAAGGAAUAUAAUUAUCAGUAGGCUUCUAACAAGUGCAUCAAAUAUUUUUCAUAAUCCUGUUGCAAAGAACAAGCAGAUGGUAGAAACCUUGCAGAGUAUCUACUUAAGGCUAGGAGGUUCACAGGAGAAUAUGAAGAACUGGCUACUAAAAUUACUGAGUCAAAAUCCAUUUAUUCUGUUAAAUAUCUCUUCCACUAUCCAAGAAAACUUGGAGUUCCUUCAGAAGAACAAAUUUACUGAUUCAGAAGUUUUAAGUCUUGUGUCCAAGCUGAAGGGUUUUAUUGUUCAGCUUCACCCUGCCACUAUGCAGAACAGCCUGUUAUUUUCAAAGAACAUUUUCAAGUGCACUGAUCAAGAAUUAAAAGAACUAAUAUUAAAAUGUCCUGCCCUUCUUUACCAUUCAGUUCCAGUCCUGGAAGACAGACUGAAGGAACUACUGAAGGCUGGAAUUUCUGUAGACCAAAUUAAAGAAACACCUGCAGUAUUAGAACUGUCAACAGAAAUAGUACAAUACAGGAUUAAAAAAUUAAACGCCAUAGGAUUCAGUUUAAAAACUGGCACUCUGGAAUACCUGAAUGGAACAAAAAAGGAUUUUGAAACUACUUACGGAAAGAUACAAGCAAAAAGUGAGAGACCUAUAUUUAAUCCUGUUGCUCCUUUACAUAUUGAUGAUUAAAUUCCAGAACCUGCUUAAAUAAUGCUGUAGGGAAGGGAGGAGGCAGAAAAAGGCAAUUGAUUCACCUUUUACACCUGAAGUAAAUUGGACAUAAUGGUAACUCAGUGGUUUUUUAUUCAGACAUGCUUCCUUCAUUCUAAAUAUUUUUUAUGAACAAUAUGUAAUGGAAUUACAAGCUUCCUCACCUAACUGGAAACCAGCAAGAGCUCUAUUGUAUUGUCCUGAGCAGUAUUGCUGAUACUGAAUGUAUACCAAACAGAAAAAUAAAGCAGCUAGAACAU